UAUUCAAACACUUAUCGCUAUCGACCCUGAACAUAUGUUCACUCCGUUUUGGCGCGUAAACAAUAAAAAAUAAUAAUAUUAUAAAUAAUGCCGGAGAGCCUGAUCGCCGGUAUUCCGGUGCACUUCCCGUUCGACCCAUAUCCAGUGCAGCGGGCGUACAUGGAGAAGGUGAUCCUGUGCCUCCGAGAUGGCACCAAUGGAGUUCUGGAAUCACCAACGGGUACGGGUAAAACGCUGAGUCUGCUGUGCUCAUCAUUGGCUUGGAUACGCACCCGGCAAUCAGAGCAGCAACAGCAGAUUAAAAAGAUGGAAAAGACGGAUUUACCCGGGCUAGGAGGUGGUGGUGACCUCUCCGAUCUGGCCAAGACCGUGGCUCGUGCGAAUAAUUGGGGUGUGCCCAAGGUCAUCUAUGCAUCGCGCACACACUCGCAGUUAACCCAGGCAAUGCGGGAACUUAAGAGAACUGCCUACGCUAACAUGCGAUCUGUGGUCCUAGGCUCCCGUGAUCAACUGUGCAUCCAUCCGGAGGUCAUGCGGGAGCAGGGCAAUUCUAACAAGACGAACAUGUGUAAGCUACGGGUCCACUCAAAAACCUGUACGUUUCAAAUGCGCGUAGAAUCGCGUAAGGAUCAUCCAGAUCUGAAAGGGCCAACCAUUAUGGACAUUGAGGAUCUAGUUAAAGUGGGUCAACGCUUAAAGAUCUGUCCUUAUUUUGCUUCGAGGGAACUGGUUGCCCAGGCAGAUAUCACUUUUAUGCCCUACAAUUACCUACUCGAUCCCAAGGCUCGUAAGGCGAAUAAAAUCGAACUGGGAAACACCAUUGUGAUUCUGGACGAGGCCCACAACAUCGAGAAGAUCUGCGAAGAGUCUGCUUCUGUGCAAAUUAAAUCCUCCGACGUAGCCAUGGCCAUCGAGGACGUAACACAUGUGAUGAAAGUCUUUGCCAGUGGCGAUUCACAGGACAUGGGCGGUGAUGAGCCCAAGGACUUUACCCUGGACGACCUCACGCUGCUUAAGGAGAUGCUGCUGGAUCUAGAAAAAGCCAUUGACGCCGUCGUGGUUGAUAAUGUAGCUGAAGGAACCACAUUUCCUGCUUCCAUGAUGUAUGAUCUGCUCGGCAAAGCGAAUUUUACUUAUGGUAACGUUGCCACGAUAGUAUCCCUUCUGGAUAAAUUGGUCCAGUACCUCUUGGUGGCCUCCCAGCAGAUGACCAUUCGCAAGGGCGGCACCUUCCUGAUGCUCAGCGAUCUGCUGACUAUUGUUUUUGCCAAUAAGCAGGACGUUAUGAGUAAGGUGUACGCCAGUUUUAAGGUGCAUGUCCAAGUGGAGGAGACUAAACAAGGACAUGGAAAGCAACAAGGUGCUAAACAGCAGGGUGGUUGGUUGGGCAAGGGAACGAUAGCGGCCGCCAGCAACUCCAGUAAGGUGGCCAAAAUCAUUAACUUCUGGUGCUUCAAUCCUGGCUUUGGAAUGGAACAACUGCUCAACACACAAGUGCGCAGCGUAAUCCUUACCAGCGGCACCCUGGCACCGCUCAAGCCUCUGAUCGCCGAGCUGGCAAUUCCGGUGGCCCAGCAUUUGGAGAAUCCGCAUAUCGUCGACCAGUCACAAGUAUAUGUCAAGAUCAUCGGCACUGGACCUGAUCGUCAGCAAUUGAUAUCAAACUACGCAAACCGUGAUAAUCCAAAGUAUAUCAGCUCCCUGGGUCAGACGAUCUUGAAUGUGUCCCGGAUUGUGCCCGAUGGCCUCCUAGUCUUCUUCCCAUCGUAUCCCAUGUUAAACAAGUGCGUGGAUGCGUGGCAGGCCAGUGGGUUAUGGGCCGACAUAUCUGGCAAGAAACCGAUCUUCUUGGAGCCGCGCAGCAAGGAUCAGUUUACCAGCACGAUGGAGGAAUUCUACCAGGCAAUACGUGACUCCAAGGGCGCCGUUUUCAUGGCCGUCUGUCGAGGCAAAGUCUCUGAAGGUCUGGAUUUCGCCGAUCGCAAUGGUCGGGCUGUGAUUAUUACUGGCCUACCAUUUCCACCCCUUAAGGAUCCUAAGGUGAUAUUGAAACGUCGCUAUCUGGAGGCGAAUAGGACGCGUGAGAAUCAACUGUUGAGUGGCCAGGAAUGGUAUAAUCUGGAUGCCACGAGGGCAGUUAAUCAAGCCAUUGGUCGUGUAAUCCGGCAUCGCAACGACUAUGGUGCCAUUCUUCUCUGUGAUUCUCGAUUUAAAGACGCCUCCCAGGUCCAGCAGCUGUCCAAGUGGAUUCGCGGUCACUUGGGCGACCGGCCGCAGUGCUCGCCUUUUGGUCCUAUCGUCAGGGAGCUGCGCCAGUUCUUUAAGAACGCCGAGGCCAAUAUGAAGCAGCCGGAUGAGCGGGAGUCGGAUCCGCCCUUGGAAACGGUUUACAAAACCGAGGAUGAACCAUUAGCCGCCAUUCCAAAAAUCAAACGAGAGCCGGGAUCCAAUGCCACCUUCAAAACAGCCAAUGAAACGGCCAUCAAAGUGGAGAUGGCCAAUUCCAUAAAGACGUGGACGCCCGACGAUUAUGCCAGUGCCGCUGGUCGAAAACUGGGAGGUGCUGCGCCCAAUGCAAUGGACUUUAUGAGCCGCCUCGACUCAAAUGUCUCGAGUAUCGAUUUCAAUUGCUGCAUGGAUAGUAAAAGUACCUCCUCUGGCUUAGUCAAGAUUCACAAGCGGGAGCGAAGUUCACCAACGAAGUCGGAAUCGUCCAGCCAGGUGGCCAAGAAGCGGUACAAGUUGGUGGAGAAUAUUAAAGUGGAGCCGAACAGUACACAGGCUAAGGUGGCGCCCGAAUCAAGGGCUGAUUUUUUACGAGAACUUCGCAGUAUGAUCAAUCAGGAUGAGUUUCGUCGUUUUGGCAAAGCUUUGCUGGAAUAUAAAAAUGGAAACGAGGAGAGUUUCCUUGCCCUGAUGGAUAUACUCCUGGAGAUUCUAGGUGCACCUAAAAUGCGCUACAUGCUCGUGGGGAUGCGAAAAUAUUUAAAAAAUGAGCACAAGGAAAAUUUUGAUCAAAGGUUGGCCAAACUUUAAUUAAGUCUUUAGAUAACUAUUUAAAGCAGUUUUAAAAUUAAGGCAUUCCAAGGAUGUACUUACAUAUUUUUUGCUGUAAUUUUUUGUUAAUAGUGCAUAGUGGGGGAAAUAUAAGUACUAAUUUAUAUUAUUACACCUAAA